AUGGCUCCCCAGACUCCUGCCGACAGAGCAGUCACUGCCCUGACCCUCCGUCCCGACACCACCAAUGUGGAUGCAGCCAGCGUCAACUCGGCUACUCCCCUCAACGACAACUCCGACGAGCUCACUCACGAACCAGCGCCCCUCGCUGCCAUCAAGCAGACAUUCACUGGCCUCACCACCUCGGCCUCUAGAAAAACUGCCCACCAAUUCGCGAUCACUCCUGCCUCAUUGACAGAGUUGCACGAUCCCAAGUCCCUCCGAGCCUUGUACAAUAUCGGUGGAUUCUCCAAGUUGCAGGCGUUGCUCCAGGUCAACGCCGACACUGGACUCGACGACUCCGAUAAGCACGAUGCCGAGUCCCGUCUGGCCUUUUUUGGAGCCAACAGAUUACCUACAAAGUCCCAAAAGUCGUUUUUGCGCCUUUGUUUCGAGGCCAUGAAGGAUAAGGUGUUGAUCCUUUUAUCAGUGGCUGCAGUUGUGUCGUUGGCGUUGGGAUUGUACGAAACUUUUGGUGAAGAAACUUUCUACGAUGACGAACACAAGCCCUUGCCCAAAAUCGACUAUGUCGAAGGUGUGGCUAUUUUGGUGGCUAUCUUUAUUGUCGUGAUCGUUGGUGCUGCCAACGAUUACCAGAAGGAAAGACAAUUUGCCAAGUUGAAUGCUAAGAAAACUGACAGAGAUAUUAUCGUCAUCCGUGGCGGACAGCAGAAGUUGAUUUCGAUCCACGAUCUUUUGGUUGGUGACAUCAUUAAUCUUCAAACCGGUGACGUUGUUCCUUCAGACUGUAUUUUGUUCAAUGGUGAAAUCGAAUGCGACGAAUCCGCCUUAACUGGUGAAAGUGCUACCAUCAAGAAGGCCCCAGUCAAAUUAGCCUUGGAGUAUUAUGAACUGCAAUUGCCCACUGACGAAGAUUUGGGUUCCGCAAAGAUAAAAUUCAAGGACCCAUACCUUAUUUCUGGCUCCAAGGUCUUAGAAGGUUUAGGUAAUGCCAUUGUUACAGCUGUUGGAAAGAAUUCUAUUCAUGGAAGAACAAUGUUGAGUCUUAAUACUGAAGCUGAAACUACUCCAUUGCAAGAAAGAUUAGACAACUUGGCUGAAGGUAUUUCCAAGUACGGGUUCCUUGCAGCCCUUGUCUUAUUCGUCGUGCUUCUCAUCCGUUUUGGUGUUAAUAUCGCCCCAGGUGGUCGUUUUGCUGACUAUGUUCCUGCUGAGAAGGGUAAGGUCUUCAUGGAUAUCUUGAUUACCGCUAUUACUAUUGUCGUUGUUGCAGUUCCUGAAGGUUUGCCUUUGGCCGUUACGUUGGCAUUGGCAUUCGCCACUACCAGAAUGGCUCAAAAUGGUAACUUGGUUAGAGUAUUGAAGGCAUGUGAAACUAUGGGUGGUGCCACUACUAUUUGUUCUGAUAAGACUGGUACUCUCACUGAAAAUAGAAUGAGAAUCGUCAGAGGUUUCUUUGGGUUGCAAAAUGAAGGACCCUUGUCCUUUGAUGAUUCCGUUGGAAGUGAGGGUGUAAAAUCGACUGAAAUUCUUGACAAGAUUGAUCCAAAUCUUAAGAUAUUCCUUUGUACCAACAUUUCGCUCAAUUCCACUGCGUUCGAAAACUCUGAAUAUGAUGAAGAAAAGGCCCAUCUCGCCAAGCAGAAGCCAAAGCAAGUUCCAUUCUUGAAACAACUCUUCCAGAGUCACGAUCAAAUUCAACAACAAAUGGAAUUGGGUACUGUUAUUGAACCAUACGUUGGUAACAAAACGGAAUCUGCUUUAUUGAUUCUUGCAAAUGACCUUUUCAACCUAUUUGGAUCGAAGACUUUGGAACAACACCGUCAUGACAAUCUUGCGAACAUCGUUCAAAUCAUUCCAUUCGAGAGUUCCAGAAAGUGGUCUGGUAUUGUGAUGAAAAUUGAAAAUGGAUUCAGACUCUACGUUAAGGGAGCAGCUGAGAUCGUAUUCAAAAACUGUGGAUACCAAUUCAAUACUGAAGGGCAAUCCAUUGCAAUGGAUCGUACUUUGAGAGACAAAUGUUUGAACUGCAUUGAUGAAUAUGCCAAUGACGCUUUAAGAGCAAUUGCCUUGGGUCAUAGGGACUUUGUUGGUCUAGAAAGCUGGCCCCCUAAGGAAUUGGCUUAUGCUGAUAAUGAAAGUGAAGCCGAUCCAAAGUUAUUGGUUCAAGACAAAGGAUUUUCGUCAAACACCCAGGAUAGACCACUCACUCUUGAUUCCAUAGUUGGUAUUCAAGACCCCCUUAAGGAGGGUGUACCAGAAGCCGUUCUUCAAUGUCAGAAGGCUGGUGUUAGUGUUAGAAUGGUCACUGGUGAUAACUUAAUUACCGCUAAGGCCAUUUCAAAGAGUUGUUACAUUCUCACCCCCAAUGAUUUGUCGAAUGAGUUUGCUUUCAUGGAAGGUCCCGCAUUUAGAAAACUUUCACCAAAGGAGAGGGCUCGGAUUGCCCCGGACUUGAAGGUUUUGGCUAGAUCUUCUCCUGAAGACAAAAGAAUUUUAGUUGAUACACUUCGUAAGGCUGGUGAGGUUGUUGCAGUCACCGGUGACGGUACCAAUGACGCACCUGCCUUGAAGUUGGCCGAUAUUGGUUUUUCUAUGGGUAUUUCUGGAACAGAAGUUGCCAGAGAAGCAUCGGAUAUUAUUUUGAUGACUGAUGACUUCAAUGAUAUCGUGCAGGCUAUUAAGUGGGGUAGAACUGUCGCCAUUUCGAUCAAAAAAUUUAUUCAAUUCCAACUUACUGUUAACAUUACUGCCUGUGUUUUAACGUUUGUGUCUGCUGUUGCUUCUUCUGAGAACAAAUCUGUUUUAACGGCUGUUCAAUUAUUGUGGGUCAAUUUAAUCAUGGACACUUUGGCCGCAUUGGCCCUUGCUACUGAUAAACCUGACGACUCAUUUUUGAACAGAAAGCCCCUGGGAAGACAUGCGCCAUUGAUAUCAACUUCCAUGUGGAAAAUGAUCAUUGGUCAAUCUGCAACCCAAUUGAUAAUCACAUUCAUUCUUCAUUUCGAAGGAAGCCAAUUGUUCUUUGGUGACAGACAUAUCAGUAACCAUGAAUCGCAACAAAUGAAUGCUUUAACUUUCAACACUUUUGUUUGGCUUCAAUUCUGGAAAUUGGUUGUCACUAGAAAGUUGGAUGAGGCUGACGAUAUCAAUACUGUUCGUGGUAGGAUUACCAGAGAAAACUUGGAUUUCUUCCAGCAUUUGUUCAGAAAUUGGUAUUUCAUCACCAUUGCAUUAAUUAUUGCUGGAUGUCAAAUCUUGAUCAUGUUUGUCGGAGGUGCUGCCUUCAGUAUUGCCAGACAAACUCCAGCCCAAUGGGCAACCGCGAUUGUCUGUGGCUGGUUGAGUAUUCCAGCGGGAUUGAUCAUCAGAAUUAUUCCAAACUGGUGGGUUGAAAAGAUAUUCCCUACUAGGGCAUUCAACAAGUUCAUUUAUUACGCCGGAUUCAACUUCCUCAAGAAGAAGAAGAAAGCAGACGAAGAACUGGAAGAAGAGCCGAACACAAUUUACGAUAAUGUUCACGACUAACAAUUAAUUUAAAACCUUACUUUAGAGUAUAAUUAGUAUCUUAAUACAUUCAAUUCUUGACCUU